GAUGACACACUUGAAAUCCCUAAAUCCCCAAUUUGGGACAAAUUAGUUUCUCUCUCUCUCUCUCUCCCUCUCUUGCUCGUAAGCUUGGGGAAUGCGUUCUGUAUAGAGUCAGCUACUGUAUCGGAAGAAGUGAGUGACAAAUGAAUGACGGUACAUGGUUACCUGAAGAGGACUUCAAGGGUUUAGCGGAUAAUUUCUUCGAUAAUCUCAUUGAGCAUAUAGAUGAUUUUCCCCUUGAAGACAUCGAAACCGCUGAUGAUGAGGAAGAUUGGAAAGCUGGGUUUCAAAACCUUGGGCCUCCACCAAUGGAUGUCCUAACGAGUAUGUCAUCUGAGUUUACUUGCAAGGGACAGCGUGUGCGAGUCCAGAAGACGGUACCCAUUGUGAAGCAGUCGAGUUCUUCGGAUGUCUCAUCUACUGUUGAUGGUUCCCCUCCUGAUGUCAAAGUCUCGAAACUAUUCCAGAGUUCAAGCCCAGUCUCAGUUGUCGAGAGCACCAAUGGUUCCCUCUUGUCCCAAAACCAAAACAGAAUUGAGAGACUGGCCUUUCUUAAGAAAGGCAUCAGAAGCAAGCGCAGACGCCCCACAACGCUUAAAUUCUUCCAGACACUUGGAGCAGAGAUGUCUCAGCAGUUUGUUCCGGAUGAAUCAGAAUCUGAAACUUACCUCUCUUCUGAGAAUUCUGCCAAGAAACGGAAGAAGAUCAAGAGUCGUCCUCCCCAGCCGAGCUCUUACAGUCCAGAACUAUUUAACUCAGAUGGGACAGUCAGGAAAUGCACUCAUUGCGAGACAACAAGGACCCCGCAGUGGAGAGAAGGACCCCAUGGGCGUAACACCCUCUGCAACGCUUGCGGAGUCCGGUUCAGAUCAGGCCGUCUUGUUCCGGAAUACCGUCCAGCAUCAAGCCCGACUUUCAUCCCAGCCGUGCAUUCAAAUUCGCACAGAAAGAUCAUAGAGAUGAGAAGGAAAGAUGAAGGCCAAUUUGAUACCAGAAAGAUCAGAGCAUAGGUUGAGACUAAAACAGGGCUUUAAAGCAAAAUUUGUAACUUCAGCAGACCAAAUGAGUUUGGUCUAUGAGUUUCUAAUUAAUCAACGCUUAUUUUUGUCUUUCCGCUUGUUUAGUACCAUCAUUUUCUCGAUGUCGUUAUUUUUUAUAGAA